AUCUGGCUGUCUGGCACCAUCAAAGAACUGCCUUUCUGACCCCACAAGAGCUCAUGGGUGGAUGGGGGCAGGAAGGAGCUUGGGGAGCGGACUGAUGCCAGCCAGGCUGCCUCACAGGGAGGUAGAAACACGUGGCCAUGCCAUCAGCAUCCUGUUCAGCUUUUGGACAAGUUUCAUCUGUGACACCUACGUAGCCCUUGCUUGGAACAACAGGAUUAAAUGUGGCCCUGGUGCUAGCUCCUCUUCUGAUUACUCACACCCCAGGAUACAGCAGAACAGAAGGCAAGGCCAUGCAAAAGAGGACUAA